AUGCGUCUUUUAUCGUUGCGCGAUCUGAACCUCUGCAUUCUGGAUGAGGUGCAAAAUUUGCAGCAGAAGAACCGCAUUGUGCGUUAUACUGCCGAAACGGUGAAUGCUAUUCUGAAUAAAAACGAUAGCUUGCAACCGCACUAUCUGACACUCUUCCUGAAAGCUUCAAAAGAGGUCCAAGAGCAAUCCGAUCCGUGGUUUGAAGUUUUCUCCCGUGUCGAACGACCCGAUAUGAUUAUUUUGCUUUGCGAACAAUUCGAUCGCGUUUUAUGA